CGGGUGGCUGUCACCAUCGCUCAUGAGAGCCUGCCACUGCCGCUCUGGGAGAGGACCCAAGCAGAGCCGUUUCCCAUGGGGCUGGCACAGUGCCUGGCAGCUGCCUUCCUCCUCCUCCUCCUCCCAGACCCACUGCUGUUUCGGGUGUGCAGCCCUUGGGGAGCAUAUACCCCUGCAAACACUGCAAGUGCCAACUCUUUGCUGGCAGGUUUGAGCACUGGCCAACGGGUGGUGACGGUGCAGAAGGGGCCCCUCUACCGUGUGAGAGGGUCCCACAUCACGCUGUGGUGCAAGGUGAGCGGCUACCAGGGCCCGGCGGAGCAGAACUUCCAGUGGUCCAUCUACCUGCCCUCGGCCCCCGAGCGGGAGGUGCAGAUCGUCAGCACCAUCGACCCCUCCUUCCCCUACGCCAUCUACACCCAGCGUGUGCACAGCCAGGGGAUCUACGUGGAGCGGGUGCAGGGGGAUGCCGUCCUGCUGCACAUCACCGAGCUGCAGCACCGGGACGCCGGCGAGUACGAGUGCCACACGCCCAACACUGACGAGAGGUACUUUGGGAGUUACAGCGCCAAGGUGAACCUCUCAGUGAUCGCAGACACCCUCUCAGCUUCCAUGGCGCCCCAGGUCCUCACCCAUGCCGAAGGGGACGCGGUGGAGCUCAUCUGCGAGGUGUCCAAGUCCACCGCCCAGCACACGCAUCUCUCUGUUGGCUGGUACCAUCUCCAGGGAGCAGGAGAGAGCCACGCUGAGGAGGUCCUCACCCUCUCUAAGGACUUUGUUUUGACGCCAGGGCCCUCUUACGCGCAGAGGUUUCUGGCAGGGGACGUGCGGCUGAACAAAGUAGGGAACACCACCUACAAGCUCUCCAUCGGGGGAGUGGAGCCGUCCGACCAGGGGCAGCUGUACUGUGAGGCGGCCGAGUGGAUUGAGGAUCCCGAUGAGACGUGGAAGGACAUCUCCCGCAAGCAAACGGGGAGGACAUCGCUGGCAGUCGUGAGCCAGGACAGAGACCUCUCCGUGGACAUCACUGCUGCUGAAACCUCCCUUUCUGAAGGUGAUACCCUGCAGCUAAAUUGCAUGGUGGGAGCUCAGAAGAGCAGCAGCAGGCACUUCCAAGUGCUUUGGCUUCUCAACAGCGUGGAAGUGGCCAGGGUUGAUCCCUGUGGGGUAUUGAUUUGGAAAGAAGAAUAUGAGAAGAGAGCCAAGCUGGGGCAGCUCCGAGCAUUCAAGCAAAGCAACAUGGUUUAUGUCCUCACCAUCUAUGAGGUGGGGCUGAAGGACAACGGUAUGUACCACUGCUCUGUUUCGGAGGUGAAGACUGCUGGAGACUUUCACAGCAUCCAAACCAAUCUGUCAUCAGGCAUCCAAGUCAACGUGAAGCCGAUAGAGAGCAGCAUGCGCCUGUCCGUGUCCACCAGCACGCCGCAGGUCAUGGCAGGAGAUGCCUUGAUCUUCCUUUGCAAGGUGCAAGGAGCGACGAGCCCCGUGUCUGUGCAGUGGUGGCACCUGCCACCGCAGCACCCGGGUCCCCGGGUGCUGGUGGCCACCAUGGAUCGGGAUGGCACCCUGAGCCUGGGCAGCGCCUACCAGGAUGGCGGGACUCGGGGGAGUCUUCGGCUGGAGAAAGCGAGCUCUGGCACUUUCACCCUGGUGAUCCCCAACACGUUGGACGAGGGUGACAGUGGGCGGUACGGGUGCAAAGUGACGGAGUGGUCCCGAGGCCAGAGCUGGACAGAGGAGGGGGAGACAGCAGUGACAGUCAGCUCCAUGGGUCUUGGUCUGCAUGCCACGCUGAGAAGCCGAAUUGCCACCGUCGGAUACGGGCAGAGUUUUGAACUCGUCUGCCAAGUGAGUGCCAGCUACACCCUUGAGGAGGUGCCGGUGUCUGUGGGGUGGCUCUUCCAGCCCAGCCCACCCACAGGCCACUACCAGGAGCUGGUCCGGGUCCUUCCCAGCGGCACAGUGGCCUGGGGGGCAGCGCAGGCACGCUUCCAGGGGAAAGCCCAGCUGACGAAGGCUGCCACCUCCUCCAGGCUGCACAUCCACAAUGCUGCAGCUGCUGACGAGGGGGUGUACCAGUGUGAGGUGGAGGUCUGGAGGAGAAACACCCUGACGCUGAAGCAGCCAGCGGCCACCACCAAGUCCAAUGCCGUGGGGAUAAAGGUGGUGCUGCCAGAAAGCAAGCUUCAGGUAUCUACGAAGGAGAGCUCUGUGGAGAUUGCCGGCGGUGCUGACACAGCCAUUGAGUGCAGGAUUGUGUUUGCCCAGAAUAAUUCUCAGUUUGCUGUUACCUGGUACCUCCUACCUCCUCCUCCAGCAGAUGCAACCCCUCUGAAAAUCGUAAGGGCCGACUACAGCAGCAUACUGGAAUACGGGGCUGAGUUCAGCUCUCCUGCACAAAAGUCCCAGUUCCUGAGCCAGAGGGUGUCCAGCAAUGUUUUCUGGCUGUGGAUACUCUCUGCGAACCCCAGGGACCAGGGCAAGUACUACUGUGUGGUAGAGGAAUGGCUCUGGCUGGUGGAUGGCUGGUACAAACUCGGAGAGGGAGCAUCAGGAAGGACCACGCUGGAGUUCAAGCUCCCAGAGCGCAAACUGCACCUGGAGAAAACCAACCACAGCAUCUCGGUGAGGGAGGGCGAGGAGGUGACACUGCAGUGCCUGCUGCAGGGCACCCACCCGCCCGCCUCCCGCCUCUCGGCCACCGGGUUUCAGGGGGAGGAGAGCGGCCGUGCCAGGCCCCUGCUCACCCUCCACCAUGACGGUGCCAUCGAGUACCCCCAGGAGAGCCUGGCGGGGAUGCUGCACCUCCUCCGCCCCCCUGCCGGUGACUUCAGCCUGACGCUGCGCAGCACGGAGAAGGGCGAUGCCGUGGUGUAUCACUGCCAGGGGCAGAAGUGGCAGCAGGAGAGCGAGGGGAAGGACUGGGCUCCGCAAGCCUUUGCGCACUCGGGGUACACUCGGCUCACCACCAUCCCACCAG